AAGCCGCACGAGCCCGAACGUCGCGAGUCGAACGCCACGAGUCGAACGCUUUCAAUUUAUCGGGCGCGCUUCAUCUUAACCCCUUUGAAUAUUUCUUCUCCUUUUUGCAGUGAUGUUUGAAAAGUUUGUUAAUUGUUUCUCCUUGUGCGUAUUGCGUGUAAGUGAUGAAAGAAUGAAGUGGGGAAAAUGCGGUUAAUUAAUUGUUUUUGUGGGCAUACAAGUGAUGGAAGAGUGCAGUAAAAAAAGUGACAAGUGUUUGGUUGAUUUCGUUAACCGUUUCUGCGCACUGUGUGGUGCGCAAGUGAUGAAAAAAUGCAGUAGAGAGAGAGAGAGAGAGAAAAAGAGAGUGAGAAGAGUCGAGUAGAGAAAGUGGGAAGUGUAACAAGGUAACAACAUCACGUGACUCAUCCACAAUCCGAACAACCACAAAGCAGCCGUUAUGGCAGACAACGAGGGCGCCGUGGAAGACGAAGAAGAUGCAAAAUCCGGCGUACCGAUCUCCGAACACACGCUUAAAAGUCCAUCCGAAGCUGUUGAGAACAUGGCAGCCUCAGAAUAUUGGAAAACACCAUCAGCUGCGUCAUCGAUAGCUUCAGAAGUGGUAUCCGUAGCACGAAAUAACGCUCGAGGCUCUUCAAAUGCCCAAUCCAGCAGGAGUAUCCAAGAGCCUCAAGAGGAGAAGCUUUCGAAGAGCCAGGAAGAAUUUAGAAGGUCUCAAGAGAUCGGCCUAAAUGACAAGAAGCCAUCUUUGGACGAAUUAAGCAAAGACAAGGUCCCUAAAACCACCAAGAUGUAUCGACAGUGUCAUCGUCGAUUCAGAGAGAUCAUCGGCAAACGCGAGCUGAGGAACGUGGAACUAGAGAAGCAUCAAGGUGAUCUGAAGAAGAGAUUGAAUAUUCUGGAGUGUUCCAUGCCAGCUGUGAUGGUCUGGAACAUGUGGAGAAUGAGCCAGGGUACCUGUGUUCCUGGACUUCAACGAAUCAUGGAGAAACAGUUUGAAGGUCCAGCUUCUGGAGAAGUGUACUGCCCCAGCACACCUAGUAGGCACUUUGACUGUAGAGUGAGGGAAGUUGAGGCUGAGAGGAAACAGGCUCAAAAAAGAAUGCAGGAUGCCAAGGCUCUUUGUGCCGAGAAGGAAGCUGCAUUAGAAGAUAGGAAUAAAAGACUGGAAGAAGCUAAGCAGUUGCAACAGGAGAUUAAGUUAAGGAUUGAACAACUGACUGCCGAGGUUCAAAAGCUUAGAGAGACUGCUGCUAAAGUGGAGGAUGAUGGGCAAUGUGAAACUGGUGAAUGUGGAAUAGUAGAGUGCAAGAAAAAAUGGUUAGAGAAAGUGCCCAGCUGCGCGUCCAUCAAGUCAAACGACAUCGAAUGUCUAGAAAAGCUGCAACAGCUAGCAGAGAACGAAGUGUACAUGAAAAGAAAGAUCGCGGAACUGGAAAGUCGUGAAGAAGCUUACAUGAGGACCCUCCAACAAGCAGACGAAUUAUGGUGCAAGGUGGACGCUGACGCAGCCAGUACCGCGAGUGCCUUACAGGAACAAUUACACAUGAAGACAACGGCGAAUCAACAAAUGGCUGAUCGAAUUUGUCAACUAGAAGACGUAAUAGAACAGUUGAGGAAAAGGCUGGCAACAUGCAGAGGCGAAUUAGAAAAAUACAUGAGCAUAAGCAAGAUAGAGGCUUUGAUAGGCAAAGAUGAUGACUUUGCCGACGUGCUUGAGAAGGGAAUACUAGUUGAAGUCCCUCUAAAAGACAAAGAGGUUGGUAGAGUUGAAGACCUAGCAGACGUUGACGAUGUGGGUAUCCUGGUUAAGGAUGACGUGGUCGACAAAGAUAUUCUAGCUGUGGUAGAGCUAGUUGACAUUGAUCUAGAAGCCAAACCAGAUAUAGUUGAUAUCGACAUAGAAAUGAAACCUGAUAUGGUAGACGCUGCCAUGCGCGUGGUCCGUGCAGACCUUAUAGGCGUGGAUGACGCUCAAAUGGCGAUCCAUCCAGACGAUUUUGCCUAUGAGGAUGAAAGACUGAGGCAAGCUGAAGAUUAUUUGGCAAGAAUAGGAUCUCUUUCGGAGCUGGACAAAUACGGAGAUGACUAUAUCUGUGCUUCGGACUUUAUUUGCAACGACGUCGUGCUCUCUGAAACUGGACUAACAGAGGAAGAGAUGAUUGCUUUGAACGAGAAUCGUGUUACACCACAGGAGUUACUAGAAAAAUAUGGUUGGAAGUUUGAUUUGGCAGAACUGAUGGCUCAACAAGCUACUGUGGAGGAUGUGAAAAUUCGGGCACCGGUGACUGUUCCACCUGUUGAAAAGGAGCAAAAAAUUGAGGUUCAGGAUAAAGAAGUAGAAGACCCUUCAACAAAAGUAAGGGUGACUAUCGAGGAAACUAUGGCUAUUGAGGAAAGUAGAAUUGAAGAAACUCAAGCUGUAGAAGAUAUUGACUCUGCCGAGGAAUAUGAAUCACUAGAAGACACCGAUGCUAUUGAGGAAAUUACGGAUGUGGAAGAAGCUAUCCAAAAACCUAGACCUGCAGAAGACUUAGAAGCUGUUGAGAAGUAUGAAUCUGUAAAAGACGUUGAGUAUACGGAGAGAACUGAACUUGUGGAAGACAUUACACCUACAGAAGACAUUAGACUUGUCGAGGACAUUAGACCCACUGAGGAGAUUAAACCUAUUCCUACAGAAGAAGUUGAACCUAGACCUGUCGAAGAGAUUACACCCGCUGAGAAAGUUGAGCCUAUACCUAUAGAAGACACUACAACUGUAGGAGAAACUGAAUCCAGGCCUGUGGAGAGACCUAUUGAAGAAAUUAGACCUGUCGAAGACGUGAGACCCUUCGAGAGAGCUACUCCUCUUGAACCUACCAUAGUUGAAAAGGAAAAACCACUUGUAGAUGAAAGGACAGAUGUUCCACCAAGCGAUGUUCCAGAAGAAAGAAUUGACAAAGAUAAUGUCCUGGUCCCACGACAAGAGAUGUUAUUAUGGCAGGAUGACGUGGAUACUAUUCGAACGACAAUCGCGAAAUGUCCUGACUGUGUGGAUGUAAAGAAGGAAGCUGAUCAGUUAGCUACCAUGAUGUCAGCGUACACUGGAAUCGACGUGAAAGAAAUAGUCGCGGAGCCGAGACCUCGCGAAGAAGCAGUCGUGAAGAUACACGAAGAGAAACUUCGUGAGAGAGAAAUUGAAGUACAAACGAAACCAAAAGUUGCUGAAGUAGAAGUGACUGCUGUGGCAGAAGUAGAAGAAAAGGAAGUUAUAGUUAAAGUUCCAGAAAAACCUGAAGAGCUGAUCGAACUUGAAUCAGAGUAUCCUCUCGAGCCACCAGCAACGCCAUCGAUCUCUGGUGUGACACCUCAGGUAGAAAAAGUCGCUAUGCCAGAAGUGGUGCAAAAACUGGAAGAAAGUACUACGGUUGCUGCUGAAGAAACUCCGAAAGAAGUAGUAGAAGAACUUGAGAAAAUGCCAGUGAUUCCUGAAGUAGACGAAGAUAAAUAUCCAAUAGAAAAGAUUGAGGAAGAAGAAAUAAUGAAAGAAACUGAAGAAAUAGUGGUAGAAGAAUUACCAAAAGAAGAAAUCGAAGAGAAGGAGGAAAAGAAGCUUCCAGAGAUAGUCGAAAUCGAGGUGAAGAAAGAUGAAAUUGAUAUAGAAGUCGAAAAAACAGAGGAAAGGGAAGAAGAAUUGGUUCCUGAAGAGGAAGAGGAGAUUAAAGAAGUGCCAGUGGAAGAGAUAGAAGAAAUUGAAGUUCCAGUGGAAGAGAUAAAAGAAAUUGAAGUUCCAGUGGAUGUCAAGGAAGAAGAAAUAUAUGUGGAGAUAUUACCAGAGGAGCGAGACGAAGAGUUAGUUGAAGAAGAGCUAGUAAAAAAAGAAAUACCUGUAUGGGAGGAGCCAAAGGUGCUUACAGAAGAAGAAGGAGAAGAACUCAUCUGUACCUGUCCUCCUCCGCCCCGCAAGAAAAUAGAGAUCACUCAAACAGAAAUUACAAGAAUCGAAACUGUUCAAGUGAUCACACAAACAGUCGUAGACGUCGAAACACAAACGACGCCAAGAAUAACCAGACAAGCUCAACCGCAACUAGUGACUAUUACGAAAGCUAUAGAUCCUGAUUCAGCCACUAUGGAGCAACUGUUGAAUUACAAGCAGCCUUUGAAGGAGCGAAUAGCGGCUAUGGCAAUCACUGAAAGCUCACAUAUACACAAGAGCACAUCCUUCCACGCGAGCGGAACAGAAAUUGGUGAUCGUCCUCCUUUUGUUCAGGAUCCUGAUAUUCUUCGUAGCGCUUCUCCUGGUCCUCGUGGCCCUCGUUUUGUUCCUCCUGGACCUGUUGGCUUUCUAGGUUCUCCUGCUGGUCCACGUGGCCCACCUCCUGCCCAUAGUCCAACUCGUAGCGUUCCUCCAGGUACUCAAGGUCCAGUUCCACCUCACCAUUCUCUCUCAGCUGUCCUCCAAACUCUUAGAGCUGAAGGAGCUCGAAUGAAAUCGGAUCCAGAAAGGGAACUAAGGUCCGUUUAUUACGGUAAAAUGCCUGGCGAGCUAGAUCAAGGCAAAUGCAACUGUUGUCAAUGUGGCAAAACUAUGUCCACUCCGUUACAAGGUCCUAGAACUCAAGUAAGGCAACAGCCAACAUUGCCAAUAUUGAAAGUAAUACCAACCGUGCCAGCGGCUAAGAAGACUAUCAGCCUGAGUACUGAUAAGACAGUGCAACACCAGAGUUUUUGUCCAGAAUGUAAACUGAGGAAGCUCCAGCAGGCUCUGAGAGCCCAGGAUCCUCUGAAAAGAACUACCAAGAAGCCCACAAAGGAUCAAGAGGUUUGUACCUGUGCAAUUCAACUUGGAAAGGGCUUGCCUUGUUACCAGAAGAUGAAAAAGAAGUCAGAUCGAAGCUGUAUGGUGAAGAUCCCUAAAGCCAAGACUGAUCGAUCAAGGAUAAUAAAAGAUGACGAGCAAGAUUCAGUACGCUGUGCUUGCAGCGGAUUAAUAGAGACCAAGCCUGGGGUUAUGAAGAAGGUGCACUGUUCUUGUGGUGACCCUGAUUGAUCUUCAUAACUCAUUUUUUGAAAAAGUGGUAGUGGAAAAGGAUCAGAAUAUUUUGUUAAAGAACUUGUUUAGAAUUGGCUAUCGAUGCCGCUACUUGGAAUAAUACUUGUCGAUUUCUGGAACAUCUUGGAUGGAUAGAAGGAGGACAUGAUUCAUUCUGGACGCAUUCAUCGGACGAAGAAACGUCCACCAGAGGCUUCUAACUGGCUGAACAGAAAUAUAGACUCAAAGAUGGAUGCGACAAAGGAAAUGGUAUGUAAUUUCCAAUAAUGUGGCCAGUUGAAUGGUGCUCUUUUCAAAUCAAUAGUGCUGGGCUAUUGUACCAGGAGACGAUAGUCCUUUCAUCGAACCAACGCGUAAUAGGAUCAAUCGUCAGCACGAAAUUAAAUUUGAG